UGCAGCCCUCCCCCGGCGCCGACGGGGUCCUGCCGGGGUAGCGGCCCCGCCGUGCCGCGUCGAGCCCCGCCGUCUGCGGGGGCGGCGGCCGCGGAGGGAUGGAGCCGGCCGGCCCCUGCCGGGCGCAGUUGGGCUCCGCCAACGACUCUUACCGAAACUGUAGCGCCGAGGAAGUGAUUUACCAAGAUGCCACCCCCCUCUCCGGGAAGAUCGUGCUCGCCGUCGUCCUGGCGCUGGUCACCCUGGCCACGGUGCUUUCCAACGCCUUUGUCAUCGCCACGGUCUACCAGACGAGGAAACUCCACACGCCGGCCAACUAUCUGAUCGCCUCGUUGGCCGUCACCGACCUUCUCGUCUCCAUCCUUGUCAUGCCCAUCAGCACCAUGUACACUGUGACCGGCAAGUGGACGCUGGGUCAGAUCGUCUGCGAUAUCUGGCUGUCCUCGGACAUCACCUGUUGCACGGCGUCCAUCCUGCACCUCUGUCUCAUCGCCCUGGACCGCUACUGGGCGAUCACCGACGCCGUCGAGUACUCCACAAAACGGACUCCCAAGCGGGCAGCGGGCAUGAUCGCACUGGUAUGGAUCUUCUCCAUCUGCAUCUCCAUGCCCCCUUUGUUUUGGCGGCAGGCGAAGGCCGAGGAAGUAUCUCGCUGUGUGGUGAACACGGACCACGUCCUGUAUACCGUGUACUCCACAGUAGGAGCCUUCUACUUCCCCACGCUGCUGCUGAUAGCCCUCUACGGGAGGAUCUACGUGGAAGCCAGGUCGCGGAUUUUGAAGCAGACGCCAAAGAAAGCAGGUAAAAGACUAACGCGGGCACAGUUAAUUACGGACUCCCCCGGGUCGACCUCUUCCGUCACGUCCAUAAACUCCAAGGCUCCCGAGGGAUCCAGCGAAACGGGCUCGCCCGUGUACAUGAACCAGGUGAAGGUGAAGGUCUCGGACGCCCUGCUGGAGAAAAAGAAGCUGACGGCCGCUAGAGAGCGGAAAGCUACAAAGACUUUAGGGAUUAUUUUAGGAGCCUUCAUCGUGUGUUGGCUGCCCUUUUUCAUCAUCAGCCUGGUAUUGCCUAUUUGCAAGGACGCUUGCUGGUUCCACAUGGCCAUCUUUGACUUUUUCACGUGGCUUGGAUAUCUCAACUCCCUCAUCAACCCCGUCAUCUAUACUAUGUCUAACGAAGACUUCAAACAAGCUUUCCACAAACUCAUACGUUUCCGAUGCACAGGCUGAAAUGUUGAAUGCGAUGUGUUCCCCGGGGCAGUCCCCAUGCACGCCCGCGCCCGGCGCCACAGAAUCAAGUUGCUAUUGUAAAGACCCACUGCUUGAAACUUCCCCAAGCCCAGUUGCCAGACUCAUGAUGCUGCAAAAACGUCAAUACAUUCUGCCACCAAACUGCUCAGCUCUGCGUUUCAGUGUAAUGACUCUGGCAGAGAUGCUGUUCCAAUAGGCACGCAGAUCAGUUGCAAAAAAAAAAGAGGGCAGCCUCGAAUCAAGGUCUAUAAUUCAUCUGGAAUGAAGAAAAAAAGUUUGAGAGUAAACUCCAUUUAUUUUGCAGGCUUAACUUCUUAAUUUGUUCUCUGGCCGGUUGUAGGGGUGUGCACAAGAGCACAGUUGUCUCUGUCUAUGUUGGUAGCAUAGUUGUACUUCUGCACACCUGUAAUUUCUUUCUUUCAGUGGAAAGAGUUGCUCCCUUCACUCAUAAGGCCAAGAGGAGAAAAAAAAUCAUGUUUAAAAUAGGAGCACCACAGUAAAUUCUGUAAAUGACUUCUCCAGCUGAACAUCCGUGAGAAGUGACAGUGUGCAAAGGUUUUAUAUUUGUAUUUCAAAACAAUAGCAAAUGCUCUAGAAACAAGAGUUGUAGACCUGUUCAACUGCACUGCAUAUCUGUAGUCUGUCCUCAUAGUUGCCUUUAGAAAGUAAAUACUUCUUGCUUUUACUCCAUAAGGGCAGAAAUCAAGAAGUCCAAUGACCUUUUCCAUAAACCAGCUGGGAAUAGAAGUAGCAGUUUGAUGUUGUAACCAUGUUUUCCAUUUUGUGUCAGUUGCACACCCUUACCGCAUGAACCACUGCGAAAUUUAGAAUUCUCUAAGUACUUAACAUUAUUUAGUGUAUUUUGUAAAGAAGUGAAGCAGUUUGCUCUUUCAGAAGAGCUAUUUCACCUGCAAAAUAAAUACCCAUGAAUCAUGAAUUAACUGAUGUUAGUGAAAUUUCUUGCCUCCCUACUUCCCUCCUAUGUUUUUUUAGUUUCUUCUUGUUUUGUUUUGUUUUUUUCUCUUUUUUUCUCCUGGUUGGACCUUAAGACAGGUCUACGCGUGUUCAGCAGAGUUUCAGGAUAUGGUCCACCUGCUGUGAUAGAACUGCAUUGAUUGUUCCUCUUAUGUGUAAAUGAAAAUGAGUAUAAACAAUAAAACGCUUGACUGUGUUCUCAA